UCAAGCCUUUUAUCAUGUCGCUAUCUCGCUGCUUGGUGUUUCCACAUAGGCUUGAUUUCUGCAUCACUGCAUCACGUAUGAUACAACAGAUUUACCAUAGUUUGUGACAAUGGCUUCUCUUAAGAAAACCACGUCGCAACCUACGAAGCCGUCAUCAGACAUUAAAGAUGGGCAGGUUUUGGAACCCUCGUCAGGCGAAAGCAAUGAUUUGUACAAUCUUACUGCCCUUGGCUACAAGCCUGAGUUGCAACGCAAUCGGUCAAUGUUCACCUUACUGUUCCAGUCAUUAGCUAUUGCAGCGAUUCCUUACGGAUUCGGAGGGCCUCUCAUCAGCGCAAUAUACGGUGGUGGUCAACUGGCCAUGUUUCUUGGUUGGAUCAUGGUACUAAUAGUCGACGAAUGUAUUGCAAUCUCACUUGGUGAGCUUGCCUCGAGAUAUCCAACUUCUGCAGGGCCGUACUAUUGGUCAUUUCAAGUCGCAGGUCCUCGAUACCGGACUUUGCUCUCGUUCAUCACCGGAUGGACUUGGCUUGUGGGUAAUUGGACAAUUACACUCUCUGUGAACUUUGGUUUUGCUUCUCUGCUAGCUGCAGCAGUGGCAAUCUAUUACCCAGACUACGAGUGGCAACCUUACCAACUCCUUCUGAUCUUCUAUGCACUUUGUCUGAUUACAUUCGUGAUCGUGGCAUUUGGAAACAAGUUCUUGCCCACAGUGGACACAUUCUGUGCUGCAUUCACCGCCCUCACCAUAUUUAUCACCCUAAUUUGUCUCUCAACAAAAGCAGAAGCAGGUCGCAACUCACCAGGAGAUACAUUAGGAUACUACGAUUCCACCAUAUCUGGCUGGGGCAGCUUUUCAUUUUUGAUUGGGACCCUCCCAUCUGCAUACACAUUCUCUGCUCUUGGCAUGAUAUCAUCAAUGGCUGAAGAAUGUGGUGAUGCGACCACCAAGCUUCCCAAAGCGAUGGCAUUAUGUGUGCCAGUUGGCGGAAUAGCAGGUCUCUUCUUCGUAAUUCCGAUAUGUGCAACUAUGCCUGCUCUUAGCGAUAUCCUCACGGCGCCCCUUGGACAAGCUCUUCCAUACAUAUUUCUUCGAGUCAUGGGAUCAGCCAGUGGUGCUCUAGCAUUGACUGUCCUGGUGCUCAUUAUCACUCUCUUCUGCUCGAUUUCGAUCACCGUAGCUGCCUCAAGGACAACGUGGGCCUUUGCUCGCGACCGUGCGAUUCCCCUUUCCAGAGUUUGGUCGAAGAUUGACGAGCGACACGGGACCCCCAUCUGGGCACUCGUGCUCACAACUCUUGUUCAGAUGCUGCUUGGUCUAAUCUACCUUGGAAACUCGUCUGCAUUCAAUGCAUUUGUAUCAGUUGGUGUCAUUGCACUUGCGAUAUCAUACGGUAUUCCAAUUGCAUUAUCAAUGCUGAAAUGGCGUCGUGGUGUCAAUUCUGCGAAAUGGUCUCCGGGAAACACUAUCGGCUGGACUGUUAACAUCAUAGCUGUGAGCUGGAUUGCAUUCGAGUUAAUCCUUUUCUCGAUGCCCACCGCGAUUCCAGUAACCGAAACUACCAUGAACUAUGCUUCGGUCGUCUGGGUCGGCUUCAUGGCAAUUUCCGCGGUUUGGUAUAUCGUUCAUGCACGACACGUAUACGAAGGUCCCCCAGAAUCAGAUGGUCUCACUAUAAGCUCGUGAACUGUAAUUUUCGAGUCGUCUUGAACAUGACUCCUGUUAGUAUGUGGAGGUCAAGCCUGAACAGGAAUUAUUCUAGUAAGGCCAACGAAAAUUUAUGAUGAACCACUGCUAUACCGAUGCUGCCGUCAUACUAGUACGGCUCAGUUUAUAUCAUAGCACGCGCUGAUUAUCGACACUGAAAACCAAAUGGGAUAUAGAUAAUAUUGACUCAAUCGCUGGAAGCAAC